AUGGCUGAUCAUGAAGACCUAUUGGAUUAUGAAGAUGAAGAACAAACUGAACCUGUAGUCGAAGGAUCAAUCGAUGGAGCCGGGAAAGAAAAAGUUAAAGGAACAUAUGUUUCAAUUCACAGUUCCGCUUUUAAAGAUUUUUUACUUAAGCCAGAAAUUGUUAGAUCAAUUAUGGAUUGUGGAUUUGAACAUCCAUCUGAAGUUCAACACGAAUGCAUUCCACAAGCUAUAUUGGGUAUGGAUAUUCUAUAUAUGAGGCGUGAUGUGCAAGAGAUAUUUAGAAACACUCCUCACGCGAAGCAAGUCAUGAUGUUUAGUGCUACAUUGAGCAAGGAAAUUCGACCUGUCUGCAAAAAAUUUAUGCAAGAUCCUAUGGAAGUUUACGUCAACGACGAAGCUAAGCUGACACUUCACGGUCUUCAACAACACUACGUAAAAUUAAAGGAAAAUGAAAAAAAUAAAAAACUAUUUGAAUUAUUAGAUAUUCUGGAAUUCAAUCAGGUUGUUAUAUUUGUAAAAUCAGUUCAAAGAUGCAUGGCAUUGGCACAAUUGCUCACAGAGCAAAAUUUUCCAGCAAUUGCUAUUCAUAGGGGAAUGGUUCAAGAAGAAAGACUAUCACGAUAUCAGCAAUUUAAAGAUUUUCAAAAGAGAAUUUUAGUGGCUACUAAUUUAUUUGGAAGAGGUAUGGACAUAGAACGUGUUAAUAUAGUAUUUAACUACGACAUGCCAGAAGAUUCUGAUACUUAUUUGCAUCGGGUUGCAAGAGCAGGUCGUUUCGGAACCAAGGGAUUAGCAAUAACUUUUGUGAGCGAAGAGGCUGAUGCUAAAAUUUUGAAUGAAGUACAAGAACGUUUUGAUGUCAACAUAACGGAAUUGCCAGACGAAAUUGAUCUUUCUUCUUAUACUAUGAUGUUUUGGUAUAGUUCACAUGAACAAAAUGAUUAUUAA